AUGUCUGAUCCAGCCAGCCAACCCAACGCGCCGACCGACGGUGCUCAGAACGUCCCCAAGCAAGCUUCCGAGAAGUCAGUUGCGAAGGAGGUCGAGAAGAAGAUGCCGCCCAAGGUCAAGGGCCUGUUGGCGACUCCAGACCGCAUUAUUCUACGACUGAACAAACUCCUCGCUGCUCCCGGCGGCCUGUCGACCUUCCUCUCCACCUUCAACUACACGCUCUACCUCCUCGCGCACCUCGACGCCAAAGCCGCGCCCCUCAAAGCCCAGCUCUACCUCUUCCUCAACCGCAAUGCCACCCUCCCCAAAGUCACGCCCGCCGUACCCGCCGAGACGUCCGCCAUCCAGAACCUCGGCAGCAUGCUCGGCACAGCCCGCACCACCCUUCGAUUGUUCGGUCUCUUUCCCAUGUACGCCUGGGCGCGUCAGUUGGCACAAGGCCCGAAGCCGGGACAAGAUCAGGUGCUGUACGCGACUUCGGUAGCGCAGUGUGCUUUGUACAUCGUGUUCCAAGCCUGCGAAAACGUUGCGCUUCUUACGGAGGCCAAGAUCCUUCCAGCAGGACUUACUGAAAGAUGGACGCAGAAGUAUGGCGGCAAGGCUACAUCGAUCUACCUCACCGCGUACCGCGCGUGGCUACUCGGCUUCUCCUGCGACUUCGUCAGACUCCUCCGCGAGGCCCAGCUGGAGCGCAACAAGCGCAUUCACCGCAGCUCGGCGGAGAAGUACGAUCUCUCUACACGGGACCAGGAUUCCAAGACCGAUGCGAAGUGGUUCGCGGAGCUGAUUGUGCCAUUUGCGUGGUUCCCGGUCGGCUACCACUUUUCCGCGCUGAAUGAGGGUGGUUUCCCGGGGUUCAAUAUGGGAUUGAUGGGGCUUUGCGGUCUUGUUGCUGGAUGGAGCAAGACGAAGGCGCUUUGGGAGUCGACGGCGGAUGUGUAG